AUGAACAGUGGACUCCCAGCUUCAGCUGCUCCGCUCGGGGGUGCCGGGAUACCCAAUGUCAAGGUGAAGUUUUGCCGAUAUUACGCGAAAGACAAAACCUGCUUUUAUGGAGAAGAGUGUCAGUUCCUGCACGAGGAUCCGUCCAUGGCAAACCUGCCACUGCACGGUGGCGGCGGCAGCCCCGUCCCGUUGUCUAUGGCCGGGGGUGGCGGGACGCCAACAGGGUAUUCCCUCGGUGGCUCCGCGGCGGCCUGUCCGGGCGGCGGGGGGACCGGUGUGUCCAAGAAGGCCGAAACAUUGGGGCCUGCAGGCACGUCUCUGGAGGGACAGCUGUUAACCAUCCCAGGGAUGGAGGGAGCACCCCUGAGCGAUGCCAAUCUUACCAACUCUUACUUCAGCAGCAGCUUUAUUGGGGUCAAUGGGUUUGGGAGCCCAGCUGAGUCUAAAUACUCAAUGAUGCAGCGGAUGACUACCAGCAGCAGCUCUCCCAGUCUCCUCAACGAUGGUGCCAAGAACUUCAGCCACAGCACUCAUGGUAAGACUUUCACAGAGCUCUGUGGAGCAGUACUCAGCACUCAUUCAGUCUCCAAAGCACCACUGCUCAUCUACUCCUCUCGUCGGUCUCCUACAGAUCCAGUGAACUCCCCGACAUCCUCACUGUUCAGUGAUUUUGGUGCUCUUAGCAUUUCCCAAAGGAGAAAGGCGCCUAACCCGACAGCAAGUGAGUUCAUCCCUAAGGGAGCUCCACGUAUGGCCACCAUGGCUCAGUCCACUGUCCCGGCCUUCCCCUCGCCUAUCUUCCCACAUCCUGCUCUCAGCAGCUCCACAGCUGCUGCCCUGGCUCCAGGCAUGUCUCUGUCUGCGGGAUCUUCUCCUCUCCACUCCCCAAAAAUUACACCGCACACCUCACCUGCUCCUCGCCGUCGCAGUCACACCCCAAACCCUGCCAACUACAUGGUGCCCACCACUGCAUCGGACCCGAGCGCUCACAUAAUCCAGAAAGAAACUGUAGGAGGGACCACCUACUUCUACACAGACAACACCCCGGCACCAAUGGCAGGGAUGGUGUUUCCUACCUACCAUAUCUACCCCCCUACGGCACCCCAUGUGGCUUACAUGCAGCCGAAAGCCAACGCCCCGUCCUUCUUCAUGGCCGAUGAACUCCGACAGGAGUUGAUAAACAGACAUCUGAUAACCAUGGCACAGAUUGACCACUCAGAGAACCCAGAUGUACCAUCUGAGGUGGACAGCUACCACAGCCUGUUCCCCCUCGAGCCCCUCCCCCCACCAAACCGCAUGCAGAAGACCAGCAACUUUAGCUACAUCACCUCAUGCUACAAGGCUGUAAACAGCAAGGAUGACCUGCCUUACUGCCUGCGGAGGAUACAUGGUUUCCGCCUUGUUAACACCAAGUGUAUGAUGCUGGUGGACAUGUGGAAGAAGAUUCAGCACUCAAACUCUGUAACACUGAGGGAGGUCUUCACCACAAAGGCCUUUGGAGACCACUCGUUGGUGUUCUCCUAUGACUUCCAUGCGGGUGCAGAAACCAUGUUCAGCAGGCAUUUCAAUGACCCAGCAGCAGACUCGUACUUUACCAAGAGGAAGUGGGGGCAACAUGAACCUCCCCCGCCACGGCAGCACGCAGGCUUGCUCCCCGAGUCUCUGAUCUGGGCCUACAUCGUCCAGCUCAGCUCGGCCCUGCGCACCAUCCACACUGCCGGCCUGGCCUGCCGUGUCAUGGACCCCAGCAAGAUUCUUAUCACUGGCAAGACCAGGUUACGGGUGAACUGCGUUGGGGUGUUUGAUGUCUUAACUUUUGACAACAGCCAGACAAAUCAUCUUGCCCUAAUGCCACAGUACCAGCAAGCAGACCUAGUGUCGCUGGGCAAGGUGGUGCUCGCGUUGGCGUGUAAUUCCCUGGCUGGCAUUCAAAGGGAAAACCUACAGAAGGCCAUGGAGCUGGUGUCCAUCAACUACUCUUCAGACCUCAAGAACCUCAUUCUUUAUCUGCUGACGGAACAGUCUCGCCUGCGCAGUGUCAAUGACAUUAUGCCAAUGAUUGGAGCCCGAUUCUACACACAACUGGAUGCAUCACAGAUGAGGAAUGAUGUCAUUGAGGAGGACCUGGCCAAGGAGGUACAAAAUGGCCGUCUCUUCCGCCUGUUGGCCAAACUGGGCACCAUCAACGAGCGACCAGAGUUUCAGAAGGACCCGACGUGGUCAGAGACGGGCGACCGCUACCUGCUGAAGCUUUUCCGGGAUCACCUGUUUCACCAGGUGACAGAAGCUGGGACGCCCUGGAUCGACCUCAGCCACAUCGUCUCCUGCCUCAACAAACUGGACGCGGGCGUUCCUGAGAAGAUCAGCCUGGUGUCUCGGGAUGAGAAAAGCGUCCUGGUCGUGACCUAUUCGGACCUGAAGCGCUGCUUCGACAGUACCUUCCAGGAGCUGCAAGCCGCAGCCUCCGGCUCUCUGUAGCGCCCUCUUGGGACCCGGGGCGGGACUGCCCGGACCUGGAGCACACUAUUGCACUACAGGGGAGGACCAGGCUCGCGGAGAUGACAUCAGCAUGGCGAAGGCAGCGGGGCAGGGCUUCGUGAACCUCAGUCACAUACACUGACCCUGUGACACCAGGAAGGCUUUUUCUAAAGUGUAUUUUUUUUAGUUUUCCUACACCCCGCAGCUGAAAAUAGUAAAACAAAAGGAAAAAAACAAAAAAAAAAACGAAAAAGGACAAAUAUGGAAGCUGUGACGAACGAAUAAGAGGACAUUUUUUUAGAUUUGGGGAACAAAACAAGAAACGACUUUUUUCCUGCUUUUAUUGUUUAUUUCUACAAUUGGGGUUUAUUUUUCAGAAAAGAUGCACUAAGAUUUUAAUUUUUUUGUUAAUUUUUGUUAUUUUUAUGAAUAUGUGUGAGUGGCCUACAGGGUGUACAGAGAGAGCUAGUCACACACACACUCGGACAUAAAUACCAGAGCAGACUAAGAAUGAAAACAAACAACAAAAGAAAUCCAGCUUUUCUAUUGACUGUCUCACUUCUGGCUGGAGACCACACCCCUUCAUUGUGACGCACUAGGAGACGGGACGCACCACUUGAGGCAUUCAUUGGGGCGGGAUGGCACCUGUUUGGUCAAACAGGCCAGCCCGCCUUUGCCUUGGUUGUUAGUUCCCCCUUCAGAAAGGACAAACCACUUGGGAGGGUGGGAAGGGUUCUUAAAACUGGAAUAAAAAAAUAAAUGGAUUCUGACAUUUUAGUUCAGGAGAUUGUGGAACAUCGGGCUCAUAUGUGUGGAUGGGUGGGCUAGCAUGGACUUGGACUUUUGGGGGGUGAAGCGUAUUUUUUGUUGGCACUGAAGAAGGGGUGUCUUCUCCUGAUGCCGUCUACGAAGUGUUUGUUACGUAUGCAGCAACCGCCUUCGGUUAAUGGACGCUGUGGUGACAUGAACUGCUCAAGGAUGGGUCAUUUUGGUUUGGCUGUCCAGCACUUGGGAGUAGCCCAUGGGUGGGGCCUCUAUUGAGGUGGAGCCACAGCUGCCUCUUUGUGGAAUGUCCUUAUUUUGUCCCCCACCCGUCCUCCUAUCCCACCAACGUCCCCCUUCUCUUUCUCUCUGUCACUCUCCCUUCUUCCUGCUUUUAUCCCAAACUUCACUUCCCCUCAGGGGAUCUUGGCCCCUCGACAUUUGAGAAAAAAGUGACGCUUUUUGUGAUUUUUCUAGCUGGUUUUUCUCUCUGCUCAGAUAUUGUGCAGGAAUGCAUGGCGGGGAAACAGGAGGGCAAUUGCCUCAUUUCAAUUCUUUAUUAUUCUGUGGACCAAUUCCAGCAGGGGUUUAGGGAAAGGGCAGAGGGCGAAGGAGAGAACAGGAUCAGGGCACCAACAAUUCUUUUUUUUGUUGUUGUUUUAUUUGAAUUUUAAAGAUCGUGAUAUACAAACGUGCUGGAGACAAAGCAGUGGCUGCUGCCUGUUGCACUCACUCGAACGGCUUGGAUUUCUCUCAGGACGACAAACAGCUGGAGGGGCCCAAUGAUUGAAUGUGUUUGGCCGUCAUUGGCCGCCCCCUGUCCAGUCAGAUAGAUGAGCUACAGUGGGAGUGGGUGGGACGUCUUCAGAAUGAGGGUUUUUUUUUUUUUUUUUUUUUUUAAAGGAAGUUAACAUUGUGGAGAUCAUGCUGUGAGGGAUUCCAUGUUGCCCUUGAGCACGGGUCAUAUUCCACUGAUGAUUUGAAUCAAAUUAACUGAACCUGCUUCAAAGAGAUCAAUCUGUGCUGUCUCAACCCACUGCUCUCGAUUAAUUCGUCUUGUUCUCAGUAGCUUGUGGCGACUGAAGAAGGACAACAGGGUCACACAGCGAACUAAACUGUCAGUUAUAAGACAAAUCAAGAUGAAAGGGAAUAAACGAGAGCAGUGUCUUGGCUGAAGUCGAUGGUCUGUACUCGAGGGCAACAAACCUGCAGGGAGCCAGCUGUGUUAGAUCAUGUACUACUUCCUCAGUUUUAGUGAAAUGAACAGACAAAAACAUAUUUGGUGAAUGUGGUGCUUUAGAAAAUAAAACCCUCGACACACAAACACACAUGCUUACCUUCAGACGCACACACACACAAUCUCCCCCCAACUCGAUCUACACAAUGUCAGUGCUCAUAUCACUAUCUUCCACAUCAUAACACACACUCCAGUUAAUAUUAGUGACGACCAUCUUCUCCUCCCCCACAUCAGCACACCUACAAUCACCAUCUUAGUAUGUUUUAUGCCCCUCUUGUGUUCAUUGUCUCAAAUUUUGCAAUAUUUGUGUGUACAGCAGUAUUUUAAUAAAGAAUACCAAAACUGA